AGAAAAUCAUCAACCCAAGUGAACCUAAUUUCUAUAGAACUUCAACCAUUUUUCUUCACCUGCUGCUGCUGAUUCAUUCAAUUCAACAGAAACAUAAAAAAUGCAGACUUCAUCACUUCUGCAUCAUCAACUAGUUGUUGGAACUUCAGUAACUCAUGGUCAGCUUCAAAAACCAGUUAACAGAUUACCUGGUCCUGCAACUCAAUGUCAGUGUUCAACUUCAACAUCAAAGCAAAUGAGACUGAGGACAAAUAUAUCUGAAACUGUGAAGAGAAAGAUAAGUUUAGGGGCUCGCAUUCUUCGAGUUGGUGGAGUAGAAAAAGUGUUUCAGCAAUUUUUUACUAUGGAAGAAGGAGAGAGGCUUUUGAAAGUUUCUCAGUGUUAUCUUUCUACAACAUCUGGUCCUAUAGCAGGUUUCUUAUUCAUCUCCACCUACAAGGUUGCUUUUUGCAGUGAGAGAACAGUGAAAGUUUUCACUCAGAAUGGUCACAUGUUGAGGAUCCGUUAUAAGGUUGUUAUUCCAUUGAAGAAGAUCAAAUCCAUGAAUCAAACUGAAAAUAUGCAGAAGCCAAGACAGAAGUACAUUGAGAUUGUGACAGAAGACAACUUUGAGUUCUGGUUGAUGGGUGUCUUAAAAUAUCAGAAGACUUUCCAAUAUCUUCAGGAGGCAGUUUCUCAGGCUUAACUACUGGCUAGCAAAAUCCAAUUUUUGAACUCAAUGAAACAAACAAAAAGUUUGGUAGUUAUGAUUGAAGAUGCUGAGUUUUAUCUCUGAUAAAAGAGAUUUCACUUCAUUGUAAAUAUCCCUCUUAGAUUUGACCAUUGUUUGAAUGGAUGUGGUUCAUAUCAGUCACAUUGUUUGAAUUAAAGAUUCCACCAUUUGAAGCAUCAUUUGUUGGAAAACACAAGUUAUAUCAGUCACAAUUUCUUCAAAAGUUGUAGAAGAACUUGGAUGAAAGCAAAGUUGUGCUUUGAAUCACCACAUUUUGUAUUUCGAAGUUGUGAUUUCAAAUGACUUAUACACGAAA